UUUGUCCUGUAUGUACUUUCCCCGCAUGUAUGUCCAUUUUCGACGUAGCCAAGGCGAUAUAGCAAGAGGGAGUAUGAUUUGUUGACAAGCGCGCGUGUGUAUACGUCUCAGUGUUAUGCUAAGUCGAAUUUUUGUACUAUUACAGUGUUAAUGUAAUGCGCUAAUACAAUAACAUUGAACUAUAUUAUUAACAGACAGCGAGAGAAUGAAUGUCAGAGCUAUCAAAGCUUAAACUAAAGAACAAUUGAUCUGGUCAUAGCGCCGGGUUGGAUUCAAUUUUUUUUGUCUGUAGUAUUGUUUUCGCCGUAUAAAUUGAAGAACCAUAAAAUCGUUUUGUGAAACGUUUACCACUCGUAACAGUAUAUCUUGGCCGAAUUCUUGGCGAAACAAGUGUCCUGUAUCUCGAUUUGAACCCUCGUUGGGCAAACCGAUGACAAACGUGUUCACUAUAGUAAAGUCAAUCGCUCGCUAGUAUUAACUGUUAAAUCAAUCGUAUUACACAAAGUUUCAGUUGGCUUGGAGUGGACGAUUAAAACAAUCAUACACAUCUUGAUAUAAUGGUGGAUUCAAGUUAUGCUAGCAAAAUUCCUUCGGGAAUAGGGCUGUCUUUGUUGAUUCUCUUCACUUUCCUUGGAAACUGUUUCGUACUUCUGGUUCUACGUUUCAAGACGCCGCGACUGUUGAGGAAACCCCUGUACCUCUUCAUCUGCAAUAUCUGCCUGUCGGACGUCUUCGCGACACUCUUCACGAUGACGUUUGAAGUAUAUGAAGAAAUAACUCAUGAAUGGUGGUUCGGGGGAGAACCCUCUUGCAAGGUAGUCAAGUAUUUGGAAAUGACUUUAUUUGGCGUGAAUAUCUUCACGCAUCUCUCCAUAGCAAUCGAACGCUUUCGUAAUGUCGUGCAACCUUUAAAACCGCCUAUGAAACUAAAGAUUGCGAAGAUUUUGGUCGGAGUUUCCUGGGGUGUUCCUUCAGUGUUAUCGUUACCGUAUUUGUAUACAUUACGCCUAACCGAAACUAGUGAAAGAAAGUUUACAUGCACGAUUGUAGCCAUGCCGUUGAUAUGGCUGGACAAACUGUUUCUAAGCAUCGAACUGCUUGUAGUCUUUCUAAUCCCUCUACUAAGUACCGUGUGUUUGUACACAAUUGUCGUUCAAAAGCUCUACAGUCGAAAGAGGCAAGUGAAUGUUAUCCUACCUCAGGUAACUCAAGCACGAAUGCGCGCGGCAGCGAAGUACGGAUCACGUGUAUCAAUGGCGGUCGCAAGCGUGUUCCUCACGUGUUGGAUUCCUCUCGUUGUGGUCUAUUUUGUGCGUUUGGUCAGCGGCUCAGAUUCGGUGAAUCGCACAAGUACUUUGUAUGUGAUCGCGCUUUAUUCGUCUUUCGUGAGCGAGCUGUUGACCCCCUUACUCUAUUGUGCCUUCGAUCGUAACAUCAAACCGGCAUUAAGAGACACCUUAAGAUGUGGAUUAAGAUUCUCUGCACUUGAAAUGAACUGGUUUACCGCCGGCAAUAUUGAAGUGCGCUUUCCACUUCGGGUUGCCCCCUUCCGUUGAGGGAAAAUGUCAAAAUGUCUUGAAUGGGGCGUGACAGCACACAGCUGUUCAAAUUUACGAACGUCUGCUUGACAUUGCAUUGACGGGUUUAACGGGAACCAAUGAAGCACUAAGAGAAAAUUGUUCGUGUUAUUUCUCCACCGACAGGUAGCGGGUAAUGGGAAAAUUCUUUGAAGGAUUUAUUGAUUAAAUGAGGCAUAAUAGUAAAGUGGAAACAGUCUUAAUAGUUCCAGAAGUAGGUGUUAUAAUCCAUCUUGUGAAAGAAAACAAACUAUAUGUAUAUGUAUAGUGUUUGAAAGUU